GAAAGUCUGUGAUGUGGGCGGGACUAAUAUUCGUGGACGUGUCGGGUCCGACAGGUGAACUAAAGGAAGGAAAGGAUCUCUAAUCUAACGAUGGCUGCAGUCAGAAAGAAACUAGUGAUAGUUGGUGAUCAAGCCUGUGGCAAGACCUGCCUCUUCACCGUGUUCAGCAAAGACCAGUUCCCUGAGGUUUUCGUGCCCACAGUGUUUGAAAACUAUGUGGUAGAUAUUGAGUUGGAUGGUAAACAGGUGGAGUUAGCUUUUUGGGACACAUCGGGUCAGGAGGAUUAUCCCAGACUGAGGCCUCUGAACUACCCAGACACAGAUGUCAUCCUCAUGUGUUUCUCCUUCGACAGCCCAGAUAGUUUGGAGAAUAUUCCAGAGAAGUGGGCUCCUGAGAUCAAGCAAUUCUGUCCCAACGUGCCCAUUAUUCUAGUGGGAACAAAGAAAGACCUGCAAAAUGAUGAGCACACUCGCCGAGAGUUGGCCAAGAUGAAGCAGGAACCAGUGAAGUCUGACGAGGCGAGGGACAUGGCCAACCGGAUGAACGCCUUCGGGUACGUGGAGUGUUCAGCCAAGACGAAGGACGGACUGAAGGAGGUGUUUGAGAUGGCUGCCAGGGCGGCGCUGCAGCACAAGAAGGGAGGGAGCGUCUGCCUCCUGCUAUAG